CCCGAUUUCGGGCCUCCACUAGCUCCAUGCCCCGUUCCCAGAAACCCUCGCGCCGAGUGUCCCUCCUCAGAGGAGUUGGGCCCUGGGGUCCAGAGCGUGCGGGGGUGUGACCUGCUUUGCAGGGCCUGCCUCGUGUGACGCCUCCCCGCUAAGCCCCGGUCCCUUGUCUUUGGACUAGGAGGGGAAUCGCAGAGGCGGUUGGCCCACCCGCGCUGCUUUGCGCAGCCAAGCCUGGACAUUAGGAGGCAGCUGGACAACAGGAGCAAACCCGCUGCCAGGACGACUCCAGGCUGGGCCUGAGCACAAGGCUAGGCAUUGGUGUUUUGCAACAGUUUUGACGUGAACUAUUUGGACUCUUCAGGGCUACCUGACAGAAAACGCCGUGAUUGCACCAGAAAAAGAACACACCGCUGUGCAGAAUCUGAACGAGAAAACCUAGGUUUAUUAAUCAAAUACAACAUGUGCUCUCCUGCCAGUUCCAAAAUCCUAUACAGGAAUCCCCGGUUCCUCCGGGUAGCUUUUCUGCAGCUUCAUCACCAGCAGCAGAGCGGUGUGUUUUGUGAUGCCCUUCUGCAGGCAGAGGGUGAGGCUGUCCCAGCCCACUGCUGCAUCCUGUCUGCCUGUAGUCCCUUCUUCACAGAACGCCUGGAGCGGGAGAGGCCAGUUCAGGGUCGGAAGGUGGUGCUGGAGCUGGGAGGCCUAAAGAUCAGGACACUUAGGAAGCUGGUGGAUUUCCUGUAUACUUCAGAGAUGGAAGUAUCUCAGGAAGAAGCCCAGGAUGUGCUUUCUGCUGCCCGUCAGCUCCGAGUAUCUGAGCUGGAAACUCUUCAGCUAGAAGGUGGGAAGUUAGUAAAGGCUCCCCAGGGCCGAAGACUAAACAGAGAGUGCUUACAACCACCAAUCUCUGCCAGAGUGGUAGCACCCAGCCGCCGCCCUCGAACUCCACUGCCUGUCGCCCAGACUCCUAGUCCUCUUGGAGCAGUGAGGUUGAAGUCCUUAGGGGAAGAAGAGGGACCUCACAAAAAGAGCAAUUUACCAAAUGUAGAUAGCUUAUCAGACACCCUUCUCUUCAAGAAGAAAGCCAGGGUUUGCUUGACUCAAGAAAGAAGCUCAUCUCCAUCAAGCCAGAGAGAGGGGUCUAAGGCGAACAAGAGUGACCCUGCUCUAGGUCCUACAGCACUUUCCCCUCCCAGCUUGUACCCUUCUUCUGUGGAUGAGCAACUGUUGCCCAGAAAGAUCAGGCUGAGUCGCUCAAAACCAUCACCCCAUGUCUGUACAUCUAAGCCUUCCAGCGUUUUAAGUGGUCCCAGUCCAGUGCCCACAGCCCCUGGCCGGCGUCUUUGGAGGCAGAGAAGUGUAAGUAAAGCAGCACAGGGCGUGGACAAGCAGAAGCCAGGGGAAGUCAGACCUCCACAGAGCACUCCAGACCCACCCGAUGUUAGGAAGACGGGUGGGAGCAAGAAGCAGAGCCCUGAAUUCAGAGCAGUCACCUCCAACUCUGUGGAGGAGGGGCAGGUUGGGAGAGUAAAACUUAGGAAGAUUGUCAAUGGUACCUGCUGGGAGGUGGUACAGGAGCCUCCCCUCAGAAACACUCAAGAUAGCCCCCAGAUCCUAGAACCCUCAGGUGUAGAAGAGCCUCCAGGGACUUUGUUGUCCCCAGUCAAUGAGCAGGAAACACCUGCUAGAUUACAACUGGGUCAGGACUCCCCAGAGAGCCCUAGGCUACAAGACAUUUUGCUUUCCGCUAGCCACUCCCCAGACCACCCUGUGGCAAAGUCAGAGUUUGGAUCCAGUCCAAUGCUGAUGGGGAAGGAACCUGUGUUGAACAUUGACUGCAGAGAACCUUACACAUUUGACACAACCCUGCUAGGCCAGCCCUGUGAAGCUGAGCAGUAUCGAAUCACAAGUGCUGCAGCCACCAGUGAGCUGGAAGAGAUUUUGGACUUCAUGCUUUGUGGCUCAGAUGUUGAGCCACCAGUAGGAUCUUUGCAGAGUCCUGGGGCAGAAGGCUGUAGAACCCCGAGUUAUCACCUGUCAGAAACAGGAAAGAAUUGGAUUGAAGGGGAAGAAUGGUGUUUGCCAGACUUGGAACUCUGGCCCAGAGACCUAACAGGAUUGGAAAAGGAACCUGUUGGUGAGAACAAAGAGCCAGUUGAACCCUUUAGUCCCCUUGUCUUGCGCUCUGAAAACACAGAAUCAAUUGAGCACCUUAGCCCCCUUGUCAUGCCCUCUGAGAUGAGUAGAGAGGCACUUUCACUGAGAAGCUCUUGGCCUGCAGACCUCGAAAUUACCAGCUCCCAGCCACUGGAUGGUCAGGGAGAAAAACUUCUCCACCUUGACUCCCCUGACUCUUCCCAAAGGUCUUAUAGGGAUAUCUCACUUCCGUGCUCAAACUGGGCAGAGACGGGGCUGGAAGUAUCUCUAGGCAUGAAUGAAGUAUUGUAUCCUGCUCCCAAGGCAGUUAGGGAAGUGUCUGCUAACCCUGAACUGCUGGACCCAUUUCCUGGCAGUUCUGAAGAUGAAGAGAUUGAUGUGGUAGACUUGACAAUGGAAGGUAAGCUAGGGCCCACUAGUGUUCCCUCUGUCUGGCCCGACCCUUCCUCAGAGUCAGAAACAGAGGUAGAUAUACUAACAUAGUGGAGGGGAGGGCAGGUUAGAGCUUCUAGGAGGGUGACAACUGUUGAUCAGCAAAAGGCUUUCUUAGCAGAAAAGCAAGCACGUCUCCUCUCAGCACUGAUCCCCUACUGAGGUUUGUGCACCAGGCAGAAGUCAAAUGGCAAUACCAUGAAUAGAAAAUUAUGAACUUGAGCUAUUUCUUUGUAAUCCAUUUUUCAGUGACAAAAUAAUUGUGGUCCCCAACUCUAGUUAAGAUAUAGGAAUAGUUAAGACCUGAUAGUCAUUGAAAACUCAGGAAAACUUAGAACACUGUUUGUGGUUGGGUUCUAUUUAAAGAUUGUUUGCAAAGGAAUGAAACUAUGUUAAGGUGGAACACUGGAUGAGAGUGGAAUCUCUUAAAAUUGCCCAGGCUGGCACUGAACUUUGACUCCUGCCUCAGCCUCCUGGAGCUGGUGUUAUAGGUCUGUGCCACUAAGCCCAGCCUAUGGGGCUUACUCACUGCCAGUAUGAGAAGUCUAGAAAAACUUCCACAGGGGCCUGGAAGAUGUUAUUUCCAUAACCACUUCCAAGAAGUAGAUUAAAAGUAGUUGCUUUAAAAAAAG